AACACAUGUUCACAUUCAGUGCGAAGACGCUCCGUCAUGUGUGGUUCCCUUGAUUUUUUUGUGUUUUUUUUGUGCGUUGGCUAUAACCCGACAACAGUCAUUUAACGUGAUUUCAAACGCUGGACUGAAAUUUAAACUUACACUCCAGAUCUUUUCUCACGCUUGUUAGCCCUUAUAGCUAAUAUAGUCCCAUCGUUUAGAAAAGCUGUAGGCGGCAUGCCAAGGUGGCACAUGGAAAUUAGCUGUUUUACUUCGUCUUGGUUGAAGCAUUUUAAAGUUAAACAGGUAUAAAGCGACGUUUGCUUUGCAGCACACUGUAAUAUGGAAACCGAGGAUCGGGACUUCCUCAACACCCCUCCGGUGAAAACUGUAAGGUUUGGAUGCAGUGUCUUGGACACAUUAGCUAAAUAUAAACGGGGAGACUCAUCUGACUACGAACUGUUGAAUCAUCAGCUGGCUGAUCCUGACAUAAAGGAUGCUCAGAUCAUCAUCUGGCUCCAAGAGUUUCGUAAUUGUGUCACCCACCUCAAUAAAGACCAUGAAAAGCUGAUCUACACAGUUCUGAAGCUUCAGUGGUUGGGUCGGAGCCCGGCUGUGGUAGAGGAAUACCUUGUCUUCCUCGGUAACCUGGUCUCAGCCCAGACUGUCUAUCUCUGCGCCUGCCUCAAGAUGGUGGUCUCCCAUUUUAUACCAUCGAGAGUGAAGAUCUGUGAAGGAGGAGUCAAUAUUUCAGAUUCGGAGGACGAUGAGGAAAACCUUACCAAGAAUUUUGGCCGUUGUCACCAGGCAUUGCAAGUCAUCACCAGAUACGUCCCUUCUACCAGUCACUUCCUGAUGCCCAUUCUAAAUGAUAACUUCCCUUUUGUUCAGAAAUCACCCAUGACCUUGGAGUGUUACGUUCAUAAUAUCCUCAGAGUGACAGUAUACAUCCCCUCAAUUCGACGGGAUACUCUGGAGAUCAUCAUUGGAAAUAUUCUCAAACUGGAUGUGAGUGCACCACGACAAGAGAUUGAGAAGAUGGAGGAGGAUGCAAUACAGAACCAGAAGGAAGAAAAAUGUGGCGAGGAGGGACUCUUUACUAUGGAUGAGGAUGUGCCUGCAGAGAAUACAUCCACAAGUGAUUCAAUGGCCCACCCAAUGGCAGAGAGGCUGGACAUUCUCAUGAACAUACUUCUAAUUUAUAUGAGGGACAUCUGCUAUGUCAAUGGUUCUGUGGAUGUGGAGAAGACCAAGGAACUGUACAAAGAUCUGAUGGGUGUAUUCGACAAGCUUAUCCUCCCUACACAUGCCUCCUGUCAUGUCCAGUUCACAGUUUUCUUUCUCUGCAGCUUCAAAUCGGCCCUAGCAGAGGCUUUUCUGCAACACCUAUGGAAAAUACUUCAGAGUCCCUCUCAACCCGCUGUCCUGCGCCAGGCUGCUGGUGGCUACAUGGGUAGUUUCCUGGCACGUGCCAACUUCGUGCCUGUGGCUACGGUGACUGCAUGUCUGGACCUCGUCGUUCCCUGGCUCCAUCGCUACAUUGACAGCCAAGACAGCAGUGGUAGACAAGCCUGCGUUGACGUUGCCCUACACGGUCCUUUCUAUACAGCCUGCCAGGCCAUCUUCUACGCACUCAUCUUCAGACACCGAGCCAUUCUGGAGAGCAACAUGAAGAAAGGUCUGCUAUACCUGCAGGGUCUGAACCUAGAACGGUUGGUGAUGUGCCAACUUAACCCCCUCAAAGUCUGCCUGCCAGCCGUGACCAGUUUAUUUGCUGCCUUCACCAGGAAGUAUCAGCUGGUUUUCUGCUAUACUGUCAUCCAGAGGAAUAGCCGCUGUAUGUUGCCAGUGGUGCGCAGUUCCAUAGGGGGAGACUCUGUUAUCGUCAACACCAACCCUCUGGACAGCGUCUUCCCCUUUGACCCAUACCUGCUCAAAAGGUCAGGCAAGGUGAUAAAUCCUCUGUACCAGGUUUGGGAGGAGCCAGAAGAUGGAGAGGAACAUACUGCCAGUGGGAUCCAACAGGGCUCACUGGCGGAUGAAGAUGACUUCCUGUGUGGGGAGACAACCAAGACAGAGGGGGUCGCGGGUAUGACACCAAGCUCUUUUGACUCAAAUCUCUGUAGCCCGAGUAGUGUUGGCUCGCCCCCCAUCGCCUUUCGGAAACCUUUCUGAUCCCUCCGCUCAGCGAGGAUUACCAAUAUCAGUAAAACCCUGUCUGAGAGAUGGACUGGUCUACAGUCAGGAAUCAGGAACGCUAUGCCCUUUUUGAAAUAUCGUUUUGUGUUUCACAUUUUUUCAUAUGUAUAUACGAUGUGCUGCUCUUACAGUUGAACGAUAAUACAAUUUCCCAUGCUGUCAUCAAUUAAAAAAAGUAUUGCACAUUCAGGGCUCUAGUUUUUCUUUUUUCUUUUUUUGUGGAUUUUUUUCUCCCUAAUUGUAUUUGGCCAUUCUCUGAGCCGUUCCGGUGCUGCUCCACCCCCUCUGCCGAUCUGGGGAGGGCUGCAGACUACCACAUGCCUCCUCCGAUACAUGCGGAGUCACCAGCCGCUUCUUUUCACCUGACAGUGAGGGGUUUCGCCAGGGGGACGUAGCGUGUGGGAGGAUCACGCUAUUCCCCCCAGUUCCCCUUCCCCCCGAAGAAGCGCCCCGACAGACCAGAGGAGGCACUAGUGCAGUGACCAGGACACAUACCCACAUCCGGCUUCCCACCUGCAGACACGGCCAAUUGUGUCUGCAGGGAUGCCCGACCAAGCCGGAGAUAACAUAGGGAUUCAAACCGGCGAGCCCCGUCUUAGUAGGCAAUGGAAUAGACUGCUACGCAACCCGGACACCCUUAGUUUUUCUUAACAGGA